AUGCUAAUCUUCAACCAUUCCAGCUUCACGACAUUCACUCUCAUUGGCAUACCUGGCUUAGAGUCACAACACCUGUGGCUCUCUCUUCCUUUCUCCUUCAUAUUUUUGGCUAUCCUCAUUGGCAAUGGUGCUAUUCUCUUCCUGGUGGCCACAGAGCCCACACUUCACACACCAAUGUAUCUGCUCCUGGCCCUGCUGAUGGUGGCUGACCUUGUAUCCACUCUGGCUCUGGUGCCCAAACUCCUCUGCCUCUUCUGGUCCAAUGAUCAGGACAUUACUGCUAAUGUGUGUUUCACCCAGAUGUUUUUUAUCCACGGUACGUCUGUGGUGCGAUCAGCCUUACUUGUGGCAAUGGCUUUUGACCGAUACGUGGCUGUGUGUAAGCCACUGUGCUACAACACAAUCCUGAACCAUUCCCUAGUUGGACGCCUGGGACUGGUGGCUCUAGCCAAGAGUGUGAUUCUUAUCCUACCCAUGCCUCUUCUACUUCAAAGGUUGACCUUCUGCCACAUGGUCAUUCCUCACACCUACUGUGACCACAUGGCUGUGGUAAAAAUGGCAUGUGGCCACACCAGAUCCAGUCAUAUCUAUGGGCUCAUCAUGAUCCUUCUCGUCGUAGGUCUUGACCUCCUGCUCAUUGGAUUCUCUUAUGCCCUCAUCCUGCAGGCUGUGGUGCACCUCAACUCUAGAGGUGCCAUCUGGAAAGCCCUCAACACCUGCUCAGCUCACCUAUUUGUCAUCCUUUUUUCAUAUGUGCCUGCACUCCUUUCCUCUCUCACUCACCGAAUUGGCCUCAGUAUCCCACCUCAAGCCCACAUUCUCCUAGCCAAUCUCUAUCUUCUUUUACCCUCAAUGCUCAACCCUAUCAUCUACGGUAUAAAGACGAAGGAAAUAAGGGAAAAGGUAGCCAAAUACCUGGGCAUAGAAACUGCAUGGCUGGUGGGUCCCAGCAAUAAACCUGUGCAUGAAUGA